UGUGACCGGUAGAUUGUGCAGCCAAUCGUCUCCCUCCAUCUGUAAGCAUGGCGGCCGACUUCAGGUGGAGAUGUAUGGUCCUGCUACUCUUUACACAUCUCCUGUGUGUUGUUUCAGAGACUGAAGGCGGAGGAAAGACUAAGAAAAAGAAAGAUAUCCGGGACUACAAUGAUGCUGACAUGGCCCGGCUCCUCGAGCAGUGGGAGGAGGAUGAUGACAUUGAAGAAGGGGACCUCCCAGAGCACAAGAGGUCUCCUCCCCCUGUCGAUUUCUCCAAGGUAGACCCUUCCAAGCCAGAGGAGCUUCUGAAGAUGUCCAAGAAGGGCAGGACUCUGAUGGUGUUUGCCACAGUGUCAGGGGAUCCCACUGAGAAAGAGACGGAGGAGAUCACAGGCCUUUGGCAGGGAAGCCUCUUCAAUGCUAAUUUUGAUAUCCAGAGGUUUGUGGUGGGCUCCAACAGGGUGAUCUUCAUGCUGCGGGACGGCAGCAUGGCCUGGGAGGUCAAAGAUUUCCUCACAGCCCAGGAACGCUGUGCGGAAGUCACUGUGGAAGGACAGGUGUUUCCUGGGAAGGCUGCUAAAGGCAACGACAAAGUUAAGCCUCAAAAUGACGUCAAUGGCAAGAAGAAAAACAAGAAGAGGACAGACGACAAGAGGCCAGACCUGGAGGGGAAUCGAGCCGGCCACCUGAAACAGGAGCUGUGACGGAAAACUCAGAGAUGCACUUUUUCUGGAUGCAGAUAUUUCAAUUCAGAGUCAGUGUGGAGAGUGAACAUGUACAUCCUGACCUCUGAGCUGCCGUCACAGGAACAUUUCUUUUUGUUUCCUCCACCUCAGAGCAGAGAUGCAGUGAUGGGUAUAUUCUUCAAAUCAUUGUAACAGUGUGGUGACCCGCUCUCCAGAGCUACCUUACUGCAGCUGUUUUCUGUUGUUUAUCACUUAAUGACGAGCAAUACACUUACAAUUUUUUUAAUUCUGAGCGUUUUAAUUCUUUAUAAAUGUUUUUUUUUAUGUCAGGUACUGAAAUUGAUUUUUUGAGGCACCUUGAGAAUGAAUGUAUGCUGAGAAAGAAGGGCUGAUGGUGGCUCUAGUUUUGUCUGCUUGCGACAUGGAGGUUGUGUUCUGUGUCAGACUUGGUUGAAAUCAGCAUCAUGUAAUUGAUCAAAAACAGUGCUCACUUUUUCUGUUAGAUUUUUCACUUCAUAUCUAAAUAAACAUUUUGUAAAAUAAA